CUACUACUACUACUACUACUACUACAACACACACACACACACACACACACUCACUUUGCUAUAAAACAACUGGAGACACAAAGCACAGUAUUGCAUAAUUGAGGAGUUUGGUUUGUGCGCCUGCAGACUUGGCACGUUAAUAAUAAACGUCAAUUUACAUCUCUCUCAAAAGCCAAAUUUGAAUAAUUAAUAAUUGAACGCCCUGCCUUUAUUUCAGUGGGGGAAAGUGUCGAUGUUUGCCAGAUACAAAAGUCCUUUCCGGAAUUCACCUUCAGUCAGACCGAACUUGAGCGCCCCUGACUCUGAUUUAGGAGGAGUUUGUGACUCCUGCAGCUCUCCUAGGACCUUUACCAACACGUUUUCCACAACGUGAGAGUUGGGUUGAGCAGUAACAAUCACUGGGACCUGCACUUGCAUCGUGCAAAGUUCCAGUCUCGUUGCCAAGUAAACACUUUCUGGGAAAUGAGCCAAACUAACCGACAGUUAUCUUGUAACAAAAUGUGGACAGUGGGUGCGAAAAUAAAGACAGGCGACGCCGUGAGCGCUCUCAGCAUGGCGCAAAACCCUGAAGAAAGUCCGGUCUAUUUCACCAAAAACUCAUCGGGAAAUGGUGCCGACAGGCUGAAAGAGUCCGACCAUGCAGACCCAAACACUUACGGAUCCGGACACACGAAUUCGUUGGCUUGUGACAUGGAAAAACACUGCUGUCAAACAGCUGCUGCCCCUCAGGAGGAAUUGUUAAACGCCGACUGCCGUGUGGGCGACAGCCGCUCCUUUUCAGCCUGCGCCACAAUCUCAGAAACAGCCAGGGAGCUCUGCAAAGCUGUGUCCGUGUCUCUGGGACUGGCCAUGGAGUCCAGUGACACCAGCGACGUGGAUGGUGGGACUCUCCACUCGUGUGCUGCAAAUGACCACAUAAGAGGAGAGUAUUUGUUCGGAGUUGGAGCCGUGCCCCUGAACCGUCCCGGAGCCCAGGCUGCCGACUACAAGUGCCCCGACCGAGAUGACCGGCCCCUGCACGGCCAGAAGCAACUGGUGGAAAUGUUCAAAACUUCAGAGACUGCUGCGCGUCUGCAUCACCUCACCUCCACAUGGACCUCUGUGGAUGAGCAAAACUUCACAAUGUGCAAGGCUGAUGACAUAACUUCACAAAAGAUAGAUCAUCUGGACACAUCAACGCGCGCUGCCUCUUGCCCUUAUGCCCAAUCCGCGCCAGGCAAUUUGGCACACUUCGGCCAGGCGAGAGAGACAGAGAAGCCGUGCCGAGUCUACAAGCCCCCCAACGAAGCGAGGGACUUCGCGGAAGCCAUGGAGAACAAGUUCGGUGGUUAUCCAGAACAAUACAGCGUUAAAAUCAAAUCUGAAGACCCCGAAUCUUUGGCGGCUUCGUGGGGUACUAAUUACACCUUUAAUGAGAAGUACAACUCUCAGUUUUGGGGUUCGAGGCAGCAGUGCAUGAACGCGCACAGCACAGGAGCCAGCACCGCGUUCAUAUGUAAUCCAUAUGAACGGAGCGUGGUGCGUCCUGAGCAGUGGUACCCUGGCGGGAUGCUGAGGCCGCCCUAUCCCAACUCCAACUACGUGAAGACUGAAGUCGGCGAAUGGCUCGAUGUCGCCUACAAUGACACCAGGUUUGAAGCUGGCAGAGAGCACAUGUUCCCCAUGGAGUUCUUCUUUCCACCACAGAGGAUGUGCCUAAUCUGCUCAGACGAAGCCUCCGGCUGUCAUUACGGUGCACUCACCUGCGGCAGCUGCAAGGUUUUCUUCAAAAGAGCUGCAGAAGGCAAACAGAAAUACCUGUGUGCAAGCAAAAAUGACUGCACAAUUGAUAAGCUAAGAAGAAAGAAUUGCCCGUCCUGUCGGCUGAGGAAGUGUUUUGAAGCCGGAAUGACUCUCGGAGCACGCAAACUAAAGAAGAUUGGACAACAGAAAAACCUUGAAGAGGAUCAUCCUAUUCAGGAACCUGUAGAGGUUAUCCAGAAUAUCUCUCCUAAAUCAGGCCUGAACUUCAACUCCCAACUGGUCUUCCUCAACAUCCUGGAGUCCAUUGAGCCUGAGGUGGUCAAUGCAGGACAUGACUAUGGCCAACCGGACUCAGCUGACACCCUGCUCACCAGCCUCAACGAGUUGGGAGAGAGACAACUGGUCAAAGUGGUCAAAUGGGCAAAAGGAUUGCCAGGUUUUAGAAAUCUCCAUAUGGAUGACCAAAUGACUGUCAUUCAGCAUUCAUGGAUGGGGGUGAUGGUGUUUGCCCUGGGAUGGAGGUCCUAUAAGAACGCCAACAGCAGAAUGCUCUACUUUGCCCCGGAUCUUGUGUUCAAUGAACAUCGGAUGCACAUUUCCACCAUGUAUGAGCACUGCAUACGGAUGAAACAUCUCUCACAGGAGUUCCUGCUGCUGCAGAUCACUCAGGAAGAGUUCCUCUGCAUGAAGGCCUUGCUUCUCUUCAGCAUUCUUCCAGUUGAGGGACUGAAGAGUCAGAAGUACUUUGAUGAACUGCGUCUCACCUACAUCAACGAACUUGAUCGCCUCAUUAACUAUCGAAUGACCACCAAUUGUUCUCAGAGGUUCUACCAACUCACCCGACUCCUGGACUCUCUCCAGAUGACCGUAAAGAAGCUCCAUCAGUUUACAUUUGACCUUUUUGUCCAGGCUCAGUCACUCCCCACUAAGGUCAGCUUUCCAGAGAUGAUUGGAGAAAUAAUCUCAGUACAUGUACCAAAGAUCCUGGCAGGUUUGGCUAAACCAAUUUUGUUUCACGAGUAGAAGGACUUUUGAAAUCAAAAAGUGACUCAUCUUUGCUGCCUCCAUAAACUUUAAAAAAGGUACUGUUUCCCUACAUCUUCAGUGUAAUAGCUCCUAGCCCUGUCCUGGAAUCAUUUUUUCCCUUUUAGCCAUAAUUGAGAUAGUUUGUUCUGAACUAUUAAAAGCUUUUACCUAAAGCGCUGCAAGGCAUCACCUGUUGACAGCUCUGCUAUUUCUGAGUGCAGAGUUUGUGUUUUCAGCUGGAGCAGAGAUGCUACUUUACAUACGCAGUAAGUCUGUAAAUCCUGAUUAAAUCAACUUAAAAGUAGCAGGGUUAACAACACAAGAUUUGCGUGUGACCUGCAUUAUAAAUACACUUGACAAGGUAUUCAUGAAAACUAAAAAACGAGAGAUGGCCCAAAGAUGAUGAUUGGAUAACAGAAAGAAACAAAUACUUAUUUCCCAUCAACUUAACAAAAUCUGUUUGUCUAAGUGCUGCCUUCAGGGGCACCUACUAAGUUCCUGCUUGUGAAAUUGAGAGUGGUAAAUACAGCUUGGGAGGCAUUUAAGUGCUUAAGUGCCUUAAAAUCAGAACUGUAGGUCUCACAUUUGUUUUAAGAAGUCUCAUAAUUUCACUUUAACAUAAUUUUUUUUAAGCUUUCUAUCAAAUGGGCUAGAUCCUAAAAUCCUGGCAUGACAUUUAAGUGUGGCACCAUUUUGUGUAAAAAUGCCAUGACAAUGACAAUCAGUGUAAGUAUGGUAGUCAAGGAUCCCAACUGUAAAACAUAAACUUGAUGUGCUACCUUAUACUUUGUGUAAAAUAUUAGACUUUUUUUUUUUUUGUGUAAAUGUACAGUAAAUUUAGUGCUGCAGAAACAGAAACUAAAUAGUGAAAUUGCCAGUUAUUCAUAUGGAAGUCCAACUGUGUUAUAAUUACUUACAUAAUUGUUAUUGUCGCUUAUGGGCUCACAUGCUUCUCAACAACUAGGUUUUGCAGAAAAUUCCCUCCCAGUUAUAUUUCCUGCCUCUUUGGGUCACUGAUUUACUGCACACUCUCCUGAAGUCUUUCAGACCAAUCGAAGGCAGCUGUAGUAUAUUUGUUUUUCACUAUGGACUUGAAUGGUAAAUGGACUUUCACUUACUAUAUGGUGGAUUUCUAGUCUUCUGACUACUUAAAGCGUUUUACACAACAUGAUACAUUCACCCAUUCACACACACUCACACAUUGAUGUCACAGCAUAGGGAGUAAUUUGGGGUUCAGUGUCUUGCCCAAAGACACUUUGACAUGCAGAUGGAGGAGCCAGGGAUCUAACCACCAACCUUUUGAUUAGUGAACAACCCGCUCUACCUCCUGAGACACAGGUGCCUCACUUUUUGACAAAAAAAAAAAAAACUGUGUCCAUCCAGUAUUCAAAAUGGGUUAAUUCACACAUAGUCAAAGGUUUAUUUGCCUUGUCUUCGGGGAAGACAGCGGUCAAUAUGACAGGUCAUGUAAGGUUGUAGGACAGGUGUUUUGUCUGAUAGCAACCCUACAAACAAAACCUCACAUUGAGUAUUUAUUUGCUCUUGUCAGCUUCUGAAAUCAAAUACACAUUAACAGUGUUUAAAUUCUUACAAAGUACAGAAUAAUGUAAAAUUUUCAAGAGACAACCAUGAAAGAAACGAGUUAUAUAUUGUUUACCUGUGAACAGUACAUUGCUCAGCACAAUGCAGAUAUCUCCACAACACACUGCAUGCUUAGCCUACUGUCGCUCUGCACUUAACACCUUUUAUCAUUAUGUUGGCAGCAGAUUUUUUCUUGAUGUUAUUAAUUUUACAGCGUUAACUUAUAAAUAUGUAGUGGGUAAACUUGUUAAAAGCAGGUACCUGGCAUGAGUGAAGUUGGAGAAAAUUGGACAAUUUGUUAAGAAGUUUCUUCAUUCUUUAUUUCUCCACUCCACAGCUUCAAAGUUAUUCAUAAGUAAAUAUUAAGAUGUCUUUACAAUCCAUCUACAAUCUUAAAAAUUGUAACAAAUUACAAACUAGAAGCAAAAGAUGAAUUGAUAAAAUUAUAAUGCUAAAAUGUGCUGCGCUACAUGCAGCAUACACAGCUCUUGACCCGUAUAACAUCAUACCUGCUAGACAACGUGGUGUUGAAAGUAUCGUGACACGGCGGGGUGCAGCAGGGAACGGGAGAGUUGAAGAGAAACAAAGAAGAAAGUAUGGCACGAAAUACAGGCAAAUGCUGAAUAAGAACUUGAUUGAGAGUGCCAGAGAUCUUAGGUUGGGGCAGUAAUGUUCCAACAGGACAACAAACAGAAACUUAGAGCCAACUCAACACUGGAAGGGCUUCAGAUGUAGAUUGAGUCCUUGACUGGCCCUGCCAAAACCUCAGAGAUGAAAACCAAGAAAAAAUCUGCGGAAUGCCUUGAAGAUAACUGAUCACAGACUUGAGUAAAAAUGUUUAAAAAACUAAUUAAUUGAGUUGAAUGCGAUUAUCACAUUUGUAUUUGAAAUAGUAUCUUUCGGUAAAUGAACUCGAAUUGUAGCAACGUGUUUAUCACAAUUCAACUCAAACAAAACUUUAAAUUAACUUCUAUGGUAUAUUCUGCAGCGAUGUUUUAUAACUGUAAAUUCAACACUUUUUAACAAUUCCACAUUUGUUUUACAAGCUUGUAGAUGCAUGCACCAUGUGUUUGUAUAACUGUAUGCAAAUUUGCAACUGUAUGUAAUUUUUAGCUUUACAGAAAGCAAUGCAUGGACAUCCAUGCAUCCCUCCAAUUACCUGUUUAUUGUAUACUUACUGAUAAUGUCAUCAUUGUUCAAUGCAUGGGACAUCUUCAGAAGGCAUGAUAACAUUUUGUUGUACAGUAUACAGUGAUGAGUUGACUAUGACAGUCAGGUUCACAUUUUUUGUAACUGAUUUGUUUGUUUGGAACUCAUUGAUAAACUUCAGUGGAGUGUUUGGAGUACUUCAUCUACAUAAAUGAAUGUCUUCAUGUCUUCAUCUUCGUCUUUUUAUACAAUAUUUGCUGUGUGAAUAGAAAUGGGGGAGAAGAGGGAAUCCAGAACAAAUACAAGUGAUCCAUGAGACAUCACCCCACCAACAGCUAAUCAUAGCCCAGACUCUUGAAUGAAUGUGUCUGCUGUUAUUUGAGAAAGCAGCAGUUCAGUGUAAAGUAGAAACUACACAGAAGCCUGAUUAAGACACCAGAAGUAGCCAGAUUAUAUAUAUAGAUAUAUAUAGAUAUAUAUAUAUAUAUGCAUGCAUGCACAAAAACAGUAAAAUGAUUUGGAGCAUCAGUAUUUUAAUUAAGCACAUUAUUCUUACAUUUUGAUCUAAUUCAAACGUUCAGAAAUAUUUAUCAAGCCCUCUUACAUUUCCUGAACGCACUGUACUUUAAGACUGUUACAGUUAUCAUUUUACUAUUUAUCUUUGAAGUGAACACUGGUUCUAAAUAAUGUUGUAUUUUUUUAUGCUUUUUAGCUUGAUGUAUUACACAUAAAGGCAUUACCAGUGCCAAGGGAUCACACACCUCAGUGAGCCACACUGUACAUUUUUAAUACUAAUAUGGUUUAAUCAUAGUAGGCCACAGUGUUUGUAUUAUGUCAAUUGAAAAUAGCUAAUAUGUGCCCUUGUACUGCGUAUUAACCUGGUUAUUUGUACAUGCUACAGUAACUGUAUAUAUUGAUUAGUUUAAUGUCUGUUUUGGUGUCCAAAGACUUGACUUUUAAAGUAAUCUCUUUUAUGAUUUAUACCUUUUGUGACCUGUGUGUUUUUCAAAAUUGUAAAGCUGCAUCAUCUUUUAAAGGCAAUUAAAAUAAUUCUGACUCUGA